AUGGUGUUGAUGAACAAGAAGGCAAUGAUGAAGUUAGCUUUCAUGCUUUUCCUCUUGGGCUUCACCGCAACUGUUGCUGAUGCCCGCUUUGAUUCAACUUCCUUCAUCACUCAACUGCUCUUCAAUGAUGGUGCUGGUUACAGUAUCAAGUCCACAACUACAGCAUGCUGUAAUUCCUGCCCUUGCACAAGAUCAAUCCCUCCACAGUGUCGUUGUACUGAUGUUGGAGAAACAUGUCACUCUGCUUGCAAAAGUUGCCUUUGCACAAGGUCUCUUCCACCAAAGUGUCGUUGCACUGAUACCACUAACUUCUGUUACAAAAACUGUAACUAA